CACAAAAACACACACUACUGUGUGUUAUUUUCUUGAUCACCACCUUGGCCCUGGAAAAUAUUUCUAACAAACAAACAAAAUUUGUAAUUUUUGUAUUAUUUCUUGAUUCACCACCUGCAAACAUACAUUAAUCAUGGACCUCAAUCUUGGCCCAAUGGCAUUCAUGAUCGGAGUAUCAAUCCCAGUUCUCAAAUUUCUCUUAUGUUUUGUUGCUACAAUUCCUGUUAGUUUCAUCUGGAGGCUUGUUCCAGGUGGCCCAUUUGGUAAAAAUCUUUAUGCAGCUCUUACAGGGGUGGUUUUGUCUUAUUUUUCAUUUGGGUUGUCUUCAAAUCUGCAUUUUUUGGUUCUUAUGGCUGUUGGGUAUGGCUCUAUGGUUUUGUAUAGACAGAGGUGUGGGCUUGUUGCUUUUGUUUUGGCCAUGGCCUAUCUCAUUGGAUGCCAUGUAUACUACAUGAGUGGGGAUGCAUGGAAGGAAGGCGGUAUUGAUGCCACUGGUGCCUUAAUGGUGCUCACGCUAAAAGUCAUUUCUUGUGCAAUUAAUUAUAAUGAUGGAUUACUGAAGGAGGAAGAUCUGCGUGAGGCACAGAAGAAAAACCGCUUGCUUAGGUUACCUUCUUUAACUGAGUAUAUGGGAUACUGCUUGUGUUGUGGUAGUCACUUUGCCGGUCCAGUUUUUGAGAUCAAAGAUUAUCUUGAAUGGACUGAAAGAAAAGGGUUUUGGACGCCUUCUGAUAAGGCAAUAUCCCCAUCUCCAUAUUGGCCAGCACUCAGAGCAAUUCUCCAAGCAGCUAUAUGUAUGGUUUUGUACUUAUACCUUGUACCCCGGUUUCCACUGUCUCGAUUUACUGAACCUGUAUAUCAAGAAUGGGGUUUCUGGAAACGAAUGGGUUACCAGUACAUGGUUGGCUUUACUACACGUUGGAAAUAUUACUUUAUCUGGUCAAUCUCGGAAUCUUCUAUCAUUAUUUCUGGUCUGGGUUUUAGUGGCUGGACAGAUACUUUACCACCAAAACCACGAUGGGACCGUGCAAAAAAUGUAGACAUCUUGGGUGUUGAGUUGGCGAAGAGUUCAGUUCAAGUGCCACUUGUGUGGAAUAUACAAGUCAGUGCCUGGUUACGUCAUUAUGUUUACGAAAGACUCGUUCAAAAGGGAAAGAAACCUGGUUUCUUCCAGCUGCUGGCUACACAGACUGUCAGUGCUGUAUGGCAUGGUCUCUAUCCCGGGUACUUUAUAUUCUUCAGCCAGACAGCUUUGAUGAUUGCUGGUUCAAGAGUCAUUUACAGGUGGCAGCAAUCUGUUCCUCCAAAAAUGGCUAUGGCUAAAAAUAUUCUUGUGUUUAUGAACUUUUUGUAUACAAUUCUGGUUCUUAACUGCUCAUGCGUUGGUUUCAUAGUACUAAGCCUACAUGAAACACUCGCUGCAUACAAGAGUGUAUACUUCAUUGCAACCAUUGUUCCCAUAACAUUCGUUGUUCUUGGUAAAAUUAUCAAGCCGGCAAACCCUGCUAGAAAAAAAGCUCAAAAAGAAGAGUGAGGUAGAAUUACAAUUUUGGAUCCUGCAGUUGUUCAAUUUAGAUUUACAAAUCAUGCUGUUCUGUAAAAAAAAAUUUGGCCUGUCCAUGUUUGGUGUCCGGGCCUCGUAGGCAUGAUCUCAUUUUAACGAACAAGGCCUAUAGGCAAACUUGUAGAGUUGUAUACUUAUUUAGAUCAAAACGAGCAAAUUCAGGAAUUAUAUUUCUAUCUGAAUCAUUUUUUUCAUCUACGCACCAAAAUGUCUGAAAUAUACAUCGUACAGUAAAGAAGUAGAUAAGUGAGUCAAUAGAAGUCCUGACAGGGCAAAUUUGUUUGGAUAAUGAUAAUGCACACACUACUAAGCCACCAGAGGGGGGGGAAUGGCUGAACAUUUUUUCUUUGUUCUGGUGCAUUGAUUAGAAGUCUAUUUAUUCGUUUCCCGAAAGAAAGGGCAUGUAAAUUGAAGACCAGCACAUUGUGCAUUUGUGUGAGUUUGUCGGCAUAUGAGGUUCUGCAAUGAAUGUUGAAUUACAUGCCUGUGCUGCAUUAAGGUCGACAUAACCAAAGAUAAAAGAAGAGUGAGCUGGAGAUGAGGGGCCUUCGAGCUCCAUUCUGUGGUUGUUAGUCCAAGAUCAUGUCUUGAAUGAGGCAGCUGGAUGCUGACUUUUUGCCGCCCUGUUGAACAUGAAAUGCUUGAUAGUGGCAUGCUCUCUGGACCACAACUCUCUAGCUGCUACUUCAAAGUUUCUACUUCGGAGAAAAGGAAGUAUCAAAAGAAACAACCAUGUAGCGGAUUUCAUGAAUAUUUAUCAAAAUUUGGGAGUUUUCGGGUUUAGAUCAUAAAGUAACCGGUCCAUCUUAAAGUAACCGUUUAUAUGGACCGGUAACUUGACGGAUAUCAGAGCACAGUUUAAGGGAGUUUCAAGUUCGAGUCCUCCCAGAGUCCCAGAUCAUAAAGUAACCGGUCCAUCUAAAACUAACAUCUUAUAUGUACAGGUUCGGAGCUCGGUUUAGGGAGGAGUCUCAGGUUCGAGUCCUCCUAGAUUUUAAGGUAACUGGUCCAUCUAAAAAUAACGUUUUAUAUGGAGGGAUAACUUGACAGCCAGGUACCAGAGCUCGGUUUAGGGAGGAGUCUCAGGUUCGAGUCCUCCCUCUCCCGUCUGUUUAAUGGUUCUGACUACAAUAGUAGUAAGCGACAAUAUAUAUGGACGGGAUGCCUAGAAAGUCAUGUACUUGCUUGCUCUCGCAAUCAGUGAUCUCACAUCUAGGAGGAAAAGGACAAAGUUUCCUGCUAAGCCUUGUUCAUCCCUUGCAUAAUGCUAUCACAAUAAUUGUUAAUAUGUGAUUAGUUCCUUGCUACACUCAAGUUAUGAACUGGCCUUAACCCCACUUGUGGAUGAAUAAUAUGCAGUCUCUUGGAUGUUAUGCAACUCAAAGAUAAGGUCUCCAGUGUUAAACAUGUUCUUCCCCAUGGCAUGCCACUCUACUACAAAGAUAAUGGUCCCUUUUUAUGAUUGCCAAUGAAUUAUCUUCCACUGUGUACUGAUACAAUAUCCCUUAAAUUAAUACACUUACCGAACAACAGUAGUCUCAAAAUGUACGCAAAUCUUACUCUGAUAAUAAAUUUAUCAGUUUUCGUUUAGGAUA